ACUAUGGAAGAAAGCACUGAGAAGAGAAAAGAAGAAAAAAAGAAACGCUCAAGGGUUAAACAGGUGCUUGCAGAUGUUGCCAAGCAGGUGUACUUCUGGUUUGGGGAUGCAAACCUUCACAAGGACAGGUUUCUUCGAGAGCAAAUUGAAAAAUCUAGAGAUGGAUAUGUGGGUAUCUCUCUUCUGGUAUCUUUUAACAAAAUGAAGAAGUUAACCACUGAUGGGAAGCUAAUAGCACGAGCAUUGAAAAGCUCAUCUGUGGUAGAGUUGGACUUAGAAGGAACCAAAAUCCGAAGAAAAAAACCCCUAGGUGAGACACCAAAGGAUGAAGAGGAAUGGACCGUGUAUGUGGACUUACUCCCCAAAAAUGUUAUUCAUAGCUGGAUUGAAAGACUGUUUGGGAAAUGUGGCAAUGUGGUUUACAUAAGUAUUCCACAUUACAAGUCUACAGGGGAUCCCAAGGGAUUUGCCUUUGUGGAAUUUGAAACGAAAGAACAAGCAGCGAAAGCCAUUGAGUCUCUUAACAACCCACCCGAAGAAGCACCAAGAAAACCCGGCAUACUUCCCAAGACAGUGAAAAACAAACCCAUUCCUUCCUUAAGAGUAGCUGAAGAGAAGAAGAAGAAGAAGAAAGGCAGACUAAAGGAGGAAGAUGGUGUGCAGGCCAAAGAAGAGUCAAAUAUAGACUCCAGUAGCGCGGGUGUGUGCAAAGCCAAGAGACCAAGGACUGCCUCUGAAGGCUCCGAAGCAGAGACUCCUGCUGCAAAGAAAAAGAGGAAGAGAGACAAGGCUGAGGCGUCCGUCUUACCUGAAGUCAAAGCAGGGAAAAGGGAGAAGGGCAGCGCUGAGGACAAAGACUGCCUCCCCCCCAGGCCAAAAUCCAAGAAAGGGGCUCAGAAGGACGGUAGCGAAGCCGCUUCUGAAGUCUCCAAGGAAAGCAGAGACUUAGAAUUCUGCUCUACAGAAGAGGAGAAGGAGACUGGAGACACAAAAGGUGACUCGCUCCGAAAAGUGAAAAGGAAGCAUAAGAAAAAACGUAAGGAGAGACAUAAAAUGGGAGAAGAGGUUAUUCCGUUGAGAGUGUUGUCAAAGACUGAAUGGAUGGAUCUGAAAAAAGAGUAUUUGGCACUGCAAAAAGCCAGUAUGGCUUCUCUGAAAAAAACAAUAUCUCAAAUAAAAUUGGAGUCAGAAAUGGAAACAGACUGUGCAGUGGCUACUAAGUCUGGAGUGAAUAAUGGAAAAGCAGUCGGCCCUUCAGAGUGCUGCACCCAGGAGAAGACCAGUGCACAAGGUCCACAGUUCGUGAACAGAGUUAUUGUGAAGAUCAUGAGCGCAGAGCCUCUACCUGGCAGGAAACAAGUCAGGGAUAUUUUGGCCACAAUCUCAGAAGUUGUUUACGUUGAUUUGCUAGAAGGAGAUACUGAAUGGCUUGCCCGGUUCAAAACUCCCGAAGAUGCUCAGGCGGUAAUGAAUGCACAGACUGAAAUUAGAAAGAAGCACUGUUGGAACCUUGAGCUCCUUUCUGGUGACCACGAGCAGAGGGACUGGCAGAAGAUUUUGGUAGAUAGACAAGCCAAACUUAAUCAACCUCAGGAGAAGAAAAGAGGCACAGAGAAGUUAAUCACCAAAGCUGAGAAGAUUAGACUGGCCAAGACUCAACAAGCCAGUCAGCACAUUCGAUUCUCCAAGUAUGAUUGA